AUGGCGGACUUUGGCGCCUACCCGCCAAAUAUGGCGCCCCAAAACGCGCUGAUAGUCCGGCAGGCAGAAGGACCAGAUCAUGCAGUAGUCCCGUACACAGCAGAAGACUUAUCUCGCCCUUCUCAGGGCCCGGCAAAUCCCUUCAGAGAUGAGACAGCCUCAUUGAAACGAAAAAAUGUCCUCACAGGCUUUGCGGAAGAAACAUAUAUCAGCGAGCAUACAUUUCGGAGUCAGCUCCAAGCUGUGGAAAGAGGGGAUAGACAAUAUAGAGGCGGGCAGGCGGAGAAAGAUGAAGCUGCGAGGAUACGCGCGAAGAGACAGAAGAAAGGCGACGCUACGGUUGUGGAGGGAGAUAAUGCCUAUGUGGGCCCGUGGGCCAAGUACAAGGCUGUGGAAUACGAGGAGGUGGCCGAGGGCGAGGAGCUGGCUAGCGAUGAAGAGUAUGAGGAGUUUGAGGAAGCGGAGGAUGGAGUUAUUGAGAGUGGCACUAUAGUUCCAGCUCUACCACAAGCUAUAGCAAAGCGGAAGGAAGCUGAGGAGAUGGGUGACGAGACAAGUGUGUUUGAGGGAUCACAGCAAUAUGACUACCAGGGCCGGACGUAUAUGCAUGUUCCGCAGGAUCUAGAUACCGAUCUGAAGAAGGAGGUUGGCAGCAUUAAGAAUUAUGUGCCGAAGAAGUUGGUGCAUACAUGGAAGAGUCAUACGAAGCCUAUUAUUGGGUUGCGGUUCCUCCCCGAAUCAGGACAUUUACUGCUUUCCGGCAGUGCAGAUUCGACGGUCAAGAUUUGGGAUGUAUACCAUCAAAGGGAGUUAUUACGCACAUACUCGGGGCAUACAAAAUCAUUGUCGGAUAUUACUUUCAACACCUCUGGCACACAAUUCCUUUCGGCUUCGUACGAUCGCAUGAUGAAACUCUGGGACACGGAAACUGGCCAGUGUAUAAACCGCUUCACAACUGGCAAAACGCCUCACGUUGUACGGUUCAAUCCAUCGCCCGAGCACUCGAAUGAAUUCCUUGCCGGUAUGUCCGACAAGAAGAUCAUUCAAUUUGAUAUCCGAACCCGAGAAAUCGUGCAAGAGUACGAUCACCAUCUCGCUGCUAUUAACACUAUCACCUUCGUUGAUGAUAAUCGCCGCUUCAUGACCACUUCCGAUGACAAGUCAUUACGAGCUUGGGACUACAAUAUUCCCGUGCCUAUCAAGUACAUUGCGGAGCCACACAUGUACCCUAUGACCCGCGCUUCUCUCCAUCCAUCCGGCAAAUACGUCGCAUAUCAAAGCUCAGACAACAACAUCUUCGUCUACGGCGCGACAGACAAAUUCCGGCAAAACAGGAAGAAAGUCUUCAAAGGCCACAAUAACGCCGGCUACGCCACCGACGUGGCUUGUAGUCCGGACGGCCAAUUCGUUGCGUCUGGAGACACGGGCGGUUACGUGUGUUUCUGGGAUUGGAAAACUUGUAAGAUGUGGCAUAAGAUGCAGGCUGCUGAUGGGGCAGUUACGUGUGUUCAGUGGCAUCCACAGGAGAGCUCGAAGGUUGUCACGGCGGGCUUAGAUGGUAGUAUAAAGUAUUGGGAUUAG